AGAAAGCUGUUGCGCUGUUUACUUAGCGGUGGCUGAUUUUUGUCUUUAGAAAGUUCAUUUGAUGUACAACAUAAUUUUAACAGUCGCCAUCUGUCUAUGUCUCUAUGAACCAGUACGAAUGGAUUUAAUUUUACUGGACUUUUCCCACUCUGGUAAUCUGACGUUGUUAGCUUAGCGUGCUAGCUGCAUUUUCACUGAGCUACACGGUCACUACAGACAGAGUAAAAGAUUUAAAGCCCAAAUAAUGACAGCGUUUGUGAAGGAGGGCAGUCUGCAGCUGCUGAACACGCAUUUGGACCGUUUGGAAGAAGACCGUGGCCGUAUUUGUACAGUGAACUUCUAUUGAUACGUAGCGUCUGUUAUUGGUCAAUACAGGUCACGUGAUCAUGAGGCUACUACGUGCAUUUUCUAACCAAGGCUGCGUUACGUGUGAACUAUUUUAAUAAGGGUACGAUUAGCCACUUCCUUGAAAGAAUCCUAGGAGGAAAGUUUGUCAAAAAAGGUGACAAUCAGAUUGACGGACACACAUCAGCAAACAUGCAGCAGGUGCUGAUAAGUAAAGACGAGGUAUCACAGCAGAAGAUCUGCUCCAGUCCGGACCAGGGUGAUCCAUUAAACAUUAAACAGGAGCAUGAGGAACUUUGUAUCCAUCAGGAGGGAGCACAGGUUCAACAGCUGGAGGGCACUGACCUAAUCAGUGUCUCAUUUACUCCUGUCACUGUGAAAAGUGAAAAUGAAGAGAAACCAACUUUGCUGGGCCCCCAUCAAAGCCAAACUGACAAGAACAUAGAUGCAGGUCAUCUAUCCAACAGCUUCACCGAACAGAUGAAAACAGAAAGUCACAGUGAGGACGAAUGCUUUCCAGAAACAGUCAGCAUCUUGGAUCCUUGCAGUCAUUUAAACAUGGACAAUGAGGCUUCAGAGUCUUCUGGGCCUGAUUUUAAAGACAGCAAUUGUGAAUGGAAGGAGAGCACAGCACCUAAGUUCAGUCUCAACCCUCUGAAACAUAAAGUCAGUGCAGUUAGCUUGGAACACAUUAAUGUCAAAAGAUCCUUGGGCUGCUCUGAAUGUGGAAGAACAUUUAGCCUGAAGGAUCACCUGAAGAGACACAUGACAAUUCACAGUGAAGAGAAUCAAGUUUUCUGCUCCGAGUGUGGUAAAAAAUUCAGCCAUAAGAGUGCAUUACAGACUCACAUGAGAAUUCACACAGGAGAGAAACCAUUUAACUGCUCUCAGUGUAAUAAAGGUUUUUGCCAAAAGGGUAAUUUGAAGGCACACUUGAGAACACACAGUAAAGAGAAACCGUUUGGUUGCACCGAGUGUGAUCAAACAUUCAGCGUUAAGAGUUACGUGAAGAGACAUAUGAGAGUUCACACAGGAGAGAAACCGUUUAGCUGCUCGGAGUGUGGCAAAGGCUUUGGCCAAAGUGGCCACCUGAGGAAACACAUGAAAAUUCACUGUGAGCAGAAACCAUUCUCUUGCUCUGUUUGUGCCAAGAGAUUUGACAUGGAGAAAACACUGGAAUAUCACAUGAAGGUUCAUUUAAGAGAAAAGCCUUUUAACUGUUCAGUUUGUAACAAAUCUUUUAGUUGGAGGUCAAAUCUGGAAUCACACAUGAAAAAACACACAGGUGAAAAACCAUUUAUUUGUUUAAUUUGUGCAAAACAAUUCAGGCUAAAUUCAUCUUUGGUCAACCACUCUGUAAUCCACACGGGGAUGAAACCGUGUAGUAGCACUAAGUGUGAUGAACUCUUUGGCUACAAGGACACUGUGGAGUCACGUGAUGAUUCACACUGAAGAGGAAUCAUUAAGGAACAUCGAACCAGAUGGCAAUGAGAACACUUCAAAUUUAGGAACAGAGGAUACAGAGGUGUGUGACUCGGCUGAGCAAAAAACAUGCUGAUGGACCAUGUCUUUACCCAUGUAUGUCAUAGAUGUAAGAACGGAACUCCAUAGAGAGCAGCCUAAAACAGCACAUGACAUUCAAAUGUAGAUGUUCUGGUUAUUUGACUGAAUGGUGUGUGAAUGAAACUUACAAGGUCAAUAAACUUUGUUUUAGUGUGUGCCAGGAGGUGUGAAUAAUAGGGCCGAAACAAUUACUUGACAUAAUCAAUUAAAUCCAUUUAAAAAUAAAUAAAUCAUGGAAGAGUCUUUUGAUUCCAUUUAACUAUAUUUUGACCAGAACACUAGUCAAAGAGCCUACUGUGUUCCUGAAUAUGAUGCUACAAACUUGGUGCACCUAUCGUUGGGUAGU